UGCACAUCGUGUUCAUAAAAGAACAAUCGUUCCGACAACCCAGGCAGUGAUGUGCUCGUGUUGCAUGCCUACUAUUUUGCGGUAGGGCGUAGAGAGGCGUAUAUAAACCGCAGUCAAGUAAACAUCUAGGUAGUUCGUCCGUCAUAACUUCUCCUUUAUACAAUAAAAUCCCAACUUCUGUCGCCCCCGUACUAUUGAAACAUAGCAAGACUUGAUACGGCUCCCACAAUGGCAUCGCAAGGUGGAGCUCAGAUCGUUUCUAUACCGCACCUGUCCUUCAACACAGACAAUGCCGUCCAACUCGGCGCCACGUUCGAUGCGACGAAAUUGGCCGGACGCAGCGUAGUCAUCACGGGCGGUGCCAGCGGCAUCGGCGAAGCCAGCGUGCGAGCUUUCGUUACAGCGGGCGCUUUUGUCACAUUUGGCGAUAUCGCCGUUGAGCAAGCCGAGGCCAUCGUCAGCGAGCUCGGAUCCGAAAAGGUUGCGUUCGUCCCCUGCGAUGUGCUCGUCUGGGCCGAGCAGCUUCAGCUGUUCAAGACGGCCAUUGAGAAGUCUCCCAGCAAGUCCAUCGAUGUGGUCUGCGCGAAUGCGGGAAUCGCUGUGACGGAUGAACUUCUCGUCGAUGCAGAAAAGAUCGCGGCGGAUCCGACGGCGGACCCGGUCGAACCGAAGUUGAGUACUCUGAAGGUCAACACCAUUGGUGUGGCUUACACUGCGAAACUCGCGACACAUUAUCUCGUGAAACGACCGGGCGAGGAGGAGAAAGAUCGUGCUUUAAUUAUCACUGCUUCUCUUGCUGGCUAUUUGGAUAUGCCCGCUGCACCUCAAUACAACGCCUCCAAAUGGGGAGUGCGUGGUCUCUUCCGUAGCCUACGGAAUUCGCUUCCAGCCCAUGGUAUUCGGGUUGGCUUGAUCAGUCCUUGGUUCAUCAAGACGCGCAUCGUUCCCGUCGCGGCACAGCAGCAGCUCGAUGCUGUUAAAUAUGAUUGGGCGCUGGUAGAAGACGCAGCCUCUGCCAUCCUUCACAUCGCUGCGGAGCAAUCAGUCAAUGGUCGAUCUCUCACUGUCGUUCCGAGAAGUGUGGAUCCUCGAGGCUACGUUGAUGCCAAUCAGGACAACGUCGUUGCAGGAAACGCCAUGGCGACGUGGAAGGCUAACAUCGGACUUCCUGUAUAGUGCGUCCUAAGUAGGAGACGAUCACAGUUUAUACAGCAAUCGUGGUAGCCUCUCAGGGCAAAUCAAAAGUCUCUCGAAUUUGCGUGGAGUGGCGAUGCGUUGCUCGGGUCUCAUAUAAGGUCUUGGGUUCUUAGCGUGAAAAGAUCUUCACCUGGGAUUGCCGGGUGCAAUGAUAGCCGUCGAUGCUCGAUUCGAGAGGAUUUCAUGUAUUCGUUCCAGGACAUCCGAGGCAGUGAAAGGCUUCAUUAAAACGCUGUCCAUGCCUGCAGCGAGCGCCAUAUCCCUUUGCUCCUGGCGCACAUUGGCUGUAGUAGCGAUGAUGGGUAAAGGCGGUCUACGCAAAUGAAAAAUGC